AAAAUCUCCUUACUUAAACUCACAACCUCCUCACAAGUUUUCUGAAUCUUUCAGUUGAACAUAUAAACAAUCAUAACAAUGGCGGGAGGUACAGCUCUAACUCCAACCUCUGUAGGAUCCAAGUCAGUUCCAAUGAGGAACCAUGAAGCAGCAGAGAGAGGCAAUAACAACAACAACAACCUGAAAGCAUUACCCAAAGCGGUCCAACCGGUUUCAUCAAUCGAAGGAGAGAUGGCUAAGAGGCCACGUGGCAGACCUGCUGGCUCCAAGAACAAACCCAAACCACCAAUCAUUGUGACUCACGACAGUCCAAAUUCCCUCAGAGCUAACGCCAUUGAGAUCAGCUCAGGUUGUGACAUCUGUGAGACUUUAUCGGAUUUUGCAAGAAGGAAACAGAGAGGUCUCUGCAUACUCAGCGCCAAUGGUUGUGUCACAAAUGUGACUUUAAGGCAACCAGCUUCAUCAGGAGCAAUUGUGACAUUACACGGACGUUACGAGAUCCUCUCAUUGCUUGGAUCAAUCUUGCCUCCACCAGCACCACUUGGAAUAACGGGUCUGACCAUUUACUUAGCCGGACCUCAAGGACAAGUUGUUGGUGGAGGAGUGGUUGGUGGGCUAAUCGCGUCUGGUCCUGUUGUUCUCAUGGCUGCAUCUUUCAUGAAUGCUGUUUUUGAUCGUCUUCCUAUGGAUGAUGAUGAAGCUGCCUCUAUGCAGAACCAGCAGUACUACCAGAAUGGAAGAUCCCGUCCUUUAGAUGACAUUCAUGGACUGCCUCAAAAUCUGCUCACUAAUGGAAACUCGGCUUCUGAUAUCUACUCUUGGGGGCCUGCGCAGCGUGCCAUGUCGAAACCUUAAUACUACUCUCUAAUCUCCACGUUUCAUCAUAUCAAGUGCCUUAGUCUUAUUAUCUAAUUUACCUUGGAAUCAAAGAUCAAUGUUUCUGUAGGUAGAGAGAAUUAUAAGUUUGGUUAAAACUGAAGCUUAUCUUCCUCUGUAGUUUGUACCUGCAACAGUAAAAUGAAGAAACUGAGAAAAACACAAGUAAAGUUUAUGAAUUUUA